GGAAGCGCGGCAGCCGCUAGCGAGCGCAGCCCUGCCCAGCUUGCCAGCCGCGCGUCCCGGUGCUCGCGCCCCACGGCCACAGCCUUGCUGCGCUAUAGCGCACGGAGCAUGUGCAGACUCCUAGGCGCUAAGGUGCUAUUUGUCCGAGGGGCUUCUGGGCAGUGGUGACUGUCGCGCUGAGAGAGACCUUUUGGGGGCUCUUGUCGCGCCUUUGCUGCGUCGCGGGUGACACUGCGGUGCUCGCGAGCAGGGUGGCAACCGCCUCUCCGUGGAGACGUCUUCGGCUCUGUGCGCCCCCUCUCUCUCCUUCCUCCGCCGCUCUCUCCUUCCCUCACCCGCUCACACCCGCCUCUUCAGAGAGGACUCGUGCGUUCCCGCCGGCUCGCUCUCUUCCAAAGGGAUCUCACUUCGGAGAUGCAAUGACAAGUUAAUAUGGGCUUCCGAGUUUCGGUUUCCCGGGAGGAAAAUUGCCAGAGGCAGCAGUCCCUGAACGCCCAGAGCUCUUGAACAGGCCGCCCUGAAGGGGCGUGAGACCCGGCUCCAGUAUCCGUCCAGGUGGGACCGGCUGAACGCAGUGACCAGUCCCCCACCUCAUCCCGGCACCCAGAGGACGCGCUCGCCGGAUUGUUCGGAGCUCCCCUACCCGGGGAUUCUUUUUUUCCUCCGCUGGUGGUGGGCGCCUCGCGGGCCGAGGCCCGGCGCCUGCUCUGCUGCCCGCGCUGCCUUUAGCGGUAGCCUCCGCCGCCGCUGCCAGGGACGUGCUGGGAAAGCCGAAUCCCCGGGAGAAGAUGCCGGCCAUCCUGGUAGCCUCCAAAAUGAAGUCGGGACUGCCCAAACCCGUGCACAGCGCUGCGCCCAUCCUGCAUGUGCCCCCGGCCCGGGCUGGCCCUCAGCCCUGCUACCUUAAGUUGGGAAGCAAGGUGGAGGUGAGCAAGACCGCCUACCCCAGCCAGAUCCCGCUGAAAUCGCAAGGGCUGCAGGAACCUGCAGGGGAGGGGCUCCCGCUGCGGAAGAGCUGUUCGUUGGAAAACGGGUUCGAUACCCAGAUCUACACGGACUGGGCCAAUCAUUAUCUGGCCAAAUCCGGCCACAAACGUCUCAUCAAGGAUCUCCAGCAAGAUGUGACCGAUGGCGUCCUCCUGGCCCAGGUCAUCCAGGUCGUGGCAAAUGAAAAGAUUGAAGACAUCAAUGGCUGUCCGAAGAACAGAUCGCAAAUGAUUGAAAACAUAGAUGCCUGCUUGAAUUUCCUGGCAGCUAAGGGGAUAAACAUCCAGGGGCUGUCUGCAGAAGAAAUCAGGAAUGGGAACCUCAAGGCCAUUCUAGGCCUCUUCUUCAGCCUCUCUCGCUACAAGCAACAACAGCAGCAGCCCCAGAAGCAGCACCUCUCCUCCCCUCUGCCGCCUGCUGGGUCUCAGGUGGCAGGGGGCCCCUCCCAGUGCCAGGCUGGCACUCCUCAGCAACAGGUGCCAGCCACUCCCCAAGCCCCGUGCCAGCCUCACCAGCCAGCGCCACAUCAGCCCUCAAAAGCACAAGCCGAAAUGCAGUCCAGUGCCUCAUCCAAGGACUCAUCUCAGAGCAAAAUCAUCCGCUUCACUCUGGGUCAGAAAAAGAUCUCUAGACUUCCAGGUCCUACCGCGAGGGUAUCUGCUGCAGGCAGCGAGGCCAAAACACGCGGAGGGUCAGCCACUGCUAACAACCGGCGCAGCCAGAGCUUUAACAACUAUGACAAGUCUAAACCCAUCACUUCCCCACCCCCACCCCUGCCAUCGUCAAGUAGCCACGAGAAAGAGCCAUUGGCAAGCUCAGCCUCCUCCCACCCCGGAAUGAGCGAAAAUGCACCUGCUUCCUUGGAGAGCAGCAGCCCCUCCAUCCCCGCUAAUUGCAGCACUUCCUCAGCCAUCCCCCAGCCCGGUGCUGCCUCCAAGCCCUGGCGCAGCAAGUCCCUGAGCGUAAAGCACAGUGCCACAUCAUCCAUGCUCUCAGUGAAGCCUCCUGGGCCCGAGACCCCCAGGCCCACACCAGAAGCCAUGAAACCAGCCCCCAACAACCAGAAGUCCAUGCUGGAAAAGCUAAAACUUUUCAAUAGUAAAGGGGGCUCCAAGGCAGGUGAGGGGCCAGGGUCCCGAGACACAAGCUGUGAGCGGCUGGAGAUCCUACCCAGCUUCGAAGAGAGCGAAGAGCUGGAGGCUGCUGGCCGUGCCCUGUCCACUACGGGUUCCACAUCCAGCAGCCCCAAGAUUGCACUCAAGGGCAUCGCCCAGCGGACUUUCAGCCGGGCACUGACCAACAAGAAGAGCUCUCCGAAAGGCAGUGAGAAAGAAAAGGAGAAACAGCAGCGGGAGAAGGAGAAGGAAAAAGGCAAGGACCUCACCAAGAGAGCCUCGGUGACGGACAGGCCAGACCUCAAGGAGGAGCCCAAGGAAGAGCCCAGUGGAACAGCUAUGACCGAGAUGCCAAAAAAGUCCUCCAAGAUCGCCAGUUUCAUCCCCAAAGGGGGGAAGCUCAGCAGUGCCAAGAAAGAAGCCACAGCCCCAUCCCAUAGUGGAAUACCAAAACCAGGAAUGAAGAGCAUGCCCGGGAAGUCCCCAAGUGCCCCUGUGCCUCCCAAGGAAGGGGAGCGGAACCGGAGCAGCAAGCCAAGCUCUGGUCUCCCCCCACAGAAGCCCCAGUUAGAUGGCAGACACUCCAGUUCCUCCUCCAGCCUGGCGUCCUCAGAGGGAAAAGGCCCAGGAGGGGCCACUCUGAACCACAGCAUCAGCAGCCAGACUGUCAGUGGAUCCGUUGGGACCACCCAGACCACAGGAAGCAAUACCGUCAGUGUCCAGCUACCUCAGCCACAGCAGCAAUACAACCACCCCAACACUGCCACGGUUGCACCUUUCCUGUACAGGUCCCAGACGGACACCGAGGGGAAUGUCACGGCCGAGUCCAGCCCAGCGGGUGUGAACACAGAGCCUAGUCACUACACCAAGAGUGGACAGCCUGCUCUGGAGGAACUGACUGGGGAAGAUCCUGAGGCUCGGCGGCUGCGGACAGUGAAGAACAUCGCUGACCUGCGGCAGAAUUUGGAGGAAACCAUGUCCAGUUUACGGGGAACUCAGGUUACACACAGCACAUUGGAAACAACGUUCGAUACCAACGUCACCACAGAGAUAAGUGGCCGUAGCAUUCUCAGCUUGACGGGGAGGCCCACCCCUCUGUCCUGGAGACUUGGCCAGUCCAGUCCUCGGCUUCAGGCAGGAGACGCCCCCUCCAUGGGCAACGGGUACCCACCUCGAGCCAACGCCAGCCGGUUCAUCAGCACCGAGUCAGGCCGCUAUGUGUACUCCGCCCCCCUGAGGAGGCAGCUGGCCUCCAGGGGCAGCAGCAUCUGCCACGUGGAUGUGUCAGACAAGGCAGGAGAUGAGGUGGACCUGGAGGGCAUCAGCAUGGAUGCCCCUGGCUACAUGAGUGAUGGAGACGUCCUCAGCAAGAACAUCCGAGCUGAUGAUAUCACCAGCGGGUAUAUGACCGAUGGUGGACUUGGCCUCUACACCCGUCGCCUGAACCGGCUCCCUGAUGGGAUGGCUGUGGUGCGUGAGACCCUGCAACGAAAUACCUCCCUGGGCCUUGGAGAUGCUGACAGCUGGGAUGACAGCAGCUCCGUCAGCAGUGGCAUCAGCGACACCAUAGACAACCUCAGCACCGAUGAUAUCAACACCAGCUCCUCCAUCAGCUCCUAUGCCAACACACCAGCCUCCUCUCGGAAAAACCUGGAUGUGCAGUCCAGGGUAUCAGACCUUUUGGGUGUGGAGCGAGGGCCACCCUGGCCCGGGACUUGGAGGAGGACUAAUGCAGGAAGUCUCUGUUCACAGACUGAUGCUGAAAAACACUCACAGGUGGAGAGGAAUUCCCUGUGGUCUGGUGAUGACAUCAAGAAAUCAGACGGAGGGUCAGACAGCGGCAUAAAGAUGGAGCCCGGUUCCAAGUGGAGGCGGAAUCCUUCUGAUGUGUCGGAUGAGUCUGACAAAAGUACGUCGGGCAAGAGGAACCCCGUCAUCUCCCAGACAGGCUCAUGGCGGCGAGGCAUGACAGCUCAAGUGGGCAUCACCGUGCCAAGGACCAAGCCGUCGGCCCCUGCGGGUGCGCUGAAGACCCCGGGAACUGGCAAAACAGACGAUGCCAAGGUGUCUGAGAAGGGGAGGCUUUCACCCAAAGCCUCCCAGGUGAAGCGCUCCCCAUCUGACGCAGGCCGCAGCAGUGGUGACGAAUCCAAAAAGCCCCUCCCCAGCAGCUCCAGGACGCCUACGGCCAACACCAAUAGCUUUGGGUUCAAGAAGCAGAGUGGCUCUGCUGCUGGGCUCACCAUGAUCACAGCCAGCGGGGCCACAGUCACCAGCAGGUCAGCCACACUAGGCAAAAUCCCAAAGUCAUCUGCGCUUGUCGGUCGGUCAACUGGACGGAAGACGAGCAUGGAUGGGGCUCAGAAUCAGGACGAUGGGUAUCUGUCUCUCAGCUCCCGGACAAACUUGCAAUACCGGAGUUUGCCGAGGCCCAGUAAGUCCAACAGCCGGAAUGGGGCUGGGAACAGGUCUAGUACCAGCAGCAUAGAUUCCAACAUGAGCAGCAAGUCCGCAGGCCUGCCGGUGCCGAAGCUCAGGGAGCCUUCCAAAACGGCCCUGGGCAGCUCGCUGCCAGGUCUGGUCAACCAGACAGAUAAGGAGAAAGGCAUCUCCUCGGACAAUGAGAGCGUGGCUUCCUGUAACUCGGUGAAAGUGAACCCGGUUGCCCAACCUGUGCCCAGCUCGGCUCAGGCCACUCUCCAGCCCGGGACUAAGUACCCAGAUGUGGCCUCCCCAACUCUCCGCAGACUCUUUGGUGGGAAGCCUACCAAGCAAGUGCCCAUCGCCACAGCUGAAAACAUGAAAAAUUCGGUGGUCAUCUCCAAUCCUCAUGCCACCAUGAGCCAGCAAGGUAACUUAGACUCCCCGUCAGGCAGCGGCAUCCUGAGCAGUGGUGGCAGCAGCCCUCUCUACAGUAAGAACCUGGACCUCACCCAGUCUCCUCUAGCCUCCAGCCCCAGCUCUGCCCACUCGGGCCCUUCCAACAGCCUGACCUGGGGCACCACUGCCAGCAGCUCCUCAGCAGUUAGCAAGGAUGGCCUGGGCUUCCAGUCUGUGAGCAGCCUCCACACCAGCUGCGAGUCCAUUGACAUCUCCCUCGGCAGUGGAGGGGGACUGAGCCACAAUUCCUCCACUGGCCUGAUCGCCUCCUCUAAGGAUGACUCUCUGACGCCCUUUGUCCGAACCAACAGUGUGAAGACCACACUGUCGGAAAGCCCUCUCUCUUCCCCUGCUGCUAGCCCUAAGUUCUGCAGAAGUACUCUGCCCAGGAAACAGGACAGUGACCCGCACCUUGAUAGGAACACUUUGCCUAAGAAAGGACUCAGGUAUACUCCCACCUCCCAGCUUCGCACACAAGAAGAUGCAAAAGAAUGGUUAAGGUCCCACUCUGCUGGAGGCCUGCAGGACACCGCCGCCAAUUCCCCUUUUUCCUCUGGCUCCAGUGUGACUUCUCCCUCUGGAACGAGAUUCAACUUUUCCCAGCUUGCGAGCCCCACCACUGUCACCCAGAUGAGCUUGUCCAACCCGACCAUGCUGAGGACCCACAGCCUGUCCAACGCCGAUGGGCAGUAUGAUCCGUACACUGAUAGCCGCUUCCGGAAUAGCUCCAUGUCCUUGGAUGAGAAGAGCAGAACCAUGAGCCGUUCGGGUUCCUUCCGGGAUGGGUUUGAGGAAGUUCACGGAUCCUCGCUCUCCUUGGUUUCCAGCACCUCGUCCAUUUAUUCUACACCAGAGGAAAAGUGCCAGUCAGAGAUUCGCAAACUGCGGCGGGAACUGGAUGCCUCCCAGGAGAAGGUUUCGGCGUUGACCACCCAACUGACAGCCAACGCUCACCUCGUGGCAGCCUUUGAACAGAGUCUUGGAAACAUGACCAUCAGGCUCCAGAGUCUAACCAUGACAGCUGAGCAGAAGGAUUCAGAACUGAAUGAGUUAAGAAAAACCAUCGAGCUGCUCAAGAAACAGAAUGCAGCUGCCCAGGCUGCCAUUAAUGGAGUAAUUAACACUCCAGAGCUCAACUGCAAAGGAAAUGGCACCUCCCAGCCCACAGACCUCCGCAUCCGCAGGCAGCACUCCUCUGACAGCGUCUCCAGCAUCAACAGUGCCACCAGCCACUCUAGUGUGGGCAGCAACAUAGAGAGUGACUCAAAGAAAAAGAAGAGAAAGAAUUGGUUACGCAGCUCCUUCAAGCAAGCUUUUGGGAAGAAGAAGUCUCCCAAGUCAGCGUCCUCUCACUCGGACAUUGAGGAGAUGACAGAUUCUUCUUUGCCUUCCUCACCAAAGUUGCCCCAUAAUGGAUCCACGGGCUCCACUCCUCUGCUGAGGAAUUCUCACUCCAGCUCUCUAAUUUCGGAGUGCAUGGAUAGUGAAGCCGAGACGGUCAUGCAGCUCCGAAAUGAGCUGAGAGACAAGGAGAUGAAGCUGACGGACAUCCGCCUAGAAGCGCUCAGCUCUGCCCACCAGCUCGACCAGCUCCGGGAGGCCAUGAACAGGAUGCAGAGUGAAAUAGAGAAGCUGAAAGCUGAGAACGACCGGCUGAAGUCGGAGUCUCAAGGCAGUGGCUGUAGCCGGGCCCCCUCCCAGGUGUCCAUCUCGGCCUCCCCAAGGCAGUCCAUGGGCCUCUCCCAGCACAGCCUGAACCUCACUGAGUCAACCAGCCUGGACUUGUUGCUGGAUGACACUGGUGAAUGCUCGGCUCGGAAGGAAGGAGGCAGGCAUGUUAAGAUAGUUGUCAGCUUUCAGGAGGAAAUGAAGUGGAAGGAGGACUCCAGACCACACCUCUUUCUUAUUGGCUGCAUUGGAGUUAGUGGCAAGACGAAGUGGGAUGUGCUCGAUGGGGUGGUUAGACGGCUGUUCAAAGAAUACAUCAUUCACGUCGACCCUGUGAGCCAGCUAGGGCUGAAUUCAGACAGUGUUCUCGGCUACAGCAUUGGGGAAAUCCAGCGGAGCAGCACUUCCGAGACCCCAGAGCUCCUUCCCUGUGGCUACCUGGUGGGAGAGAACACCACCAUCUCUGUGACGGUCAAAGGGCUCGCAGAAAACAGCCUGGAUUCCUUGGUGUUUGAGUCCCUGAUCCCCAAGCCCAUCCUGCAGCGCUACGUCUCCCUGCUCACAGAGCACCGGCGGAUCAUUCUCUCUGGCCCCAGUGGCACCGGGAAAACCUACCUGGCCAACCGGCUGUCGGAGUAUGUGGUGCUUCGAGAGGGACGGGAAUUGACCGACGGGGUCAUCGCCACCUUUAAUGUGGACCAUAAGUCCAGCAAGGAAUUGCGGCAGUACCUGUCCAACCUUGCCGAUCAAUGCAACAGUGAGAACAAUGCUGUGGACAUGCCCCUCGUCAUCAUCCUGGAUAACCUGCAUCACGUCAGCUCUCUGGGCGAGAUCUUCAAUGGGCUGCUCAACUGCAAGUACCACAAAUGCCCUUACAUCAUUGGCACAAUGAACCAGGCUACCUCUUCUACUCCCAACCUGCAGCUGCACCAUAACUUCAGGUGGGUGCUUUGUGCCAACCAUACGGAGCCCGUGAAGGGUUUCCUUGGCCGGUUCCUGAGGAGGAAGCUCAUGGAAACGGAGAUCAGUGAGCGGGUACGGAAUGUGGAGCUGGUGAAAAUCAUUGACUGGAUUCCUAAGGUCUGGCAUCACCUCAACCGCUUCCUGGAGGCUCACAGCUCCUCAGACGUCACCAUCGGCCCCCGGCUCUUCCUGUCAUGCCCCAUCGAUGUGGACGGCUCACGGGUGUGGUUCACCGACCUGUGGAACUACUCCAUUAUCCCCUAUCUCCUGGAAGCCGUGAGAGAAGGACUCCAGCUCUAUGGAAGGCGUGCCCCCUGGGAGGAUCCUGCCAAGUGGGUGAUGGACACCUACCCAUGGGCAGCCAGCCCACAGCAACAUGAAUGGCCUCCCCUGCUGCAGCUACGACCUGAGGAUGUCGGCUUUGACGGCUACUCCAUGCCUCGCGAAGGGUCCACAAGCAAGCAGGUGCCCCCCAGUGAUGCUGAAGGAGACCCACUGAUGAACAUGUUGAUGAGGCUGCAGGAGGCAGCCAACUACUCCAGUCCACAGAGCUACGACAGUGACUCCAACAGCAACAGCCAUCACGAUGACAUCCUGGACUCGUCCUUGGAGUCCACUCUGUGACAGGCGUCCAGCCUGGAGCCUGCUCUCCUCCUCAUCCCAUCCUCCUGCAUCCUUCAUGUCAUCCUGAAGAUAACUUCCUGAGCCAGCGCCCCCAGCCGCAGCUGUGAGCUGCAGAAAUACUGAGACCCUUCGACCCUCAGCCUCGACCUGGGUGCAAGCAUCCCAGGCCAGCCGCCUGGGAUCACUUCCUUCCAUGGUGAGAACUGCACUACCUUCUGUCGUACUCUAAUUCUUGUUUUGCCUUGUUGCUGUGACCUCCCUAAGACACUGAAGAUGCUUCUCGGGAAAGGAUUGUCACCGUUGAAAUGAAGAGUUUUCAGAAGAACCCACUGGAAGCUCUGAAACCAAACAGCAUCCUGCCACGAGCUGCCCAGAGACAGAAGAGACUGGAACAAAGUUGGAAAUAUAGAUAGCACGGCUUCUUCUCAGCAUAGGCCCUCCAGAGUGGGUCUCGCCACCCGUGCCGCAGCCGCACCCACCUGCCCUCCCAUCCAGCCCGCCACAGAAGAACUAACUGGUGCUAAAUGGGGCACUUACUUUGGUCACCCUCAAAACACUGCAGAGCUCUGGCAUAGGGAACCCUUAGGAGAAAACGCGUGCUUUUCUGUUUUUAAAUGGUGCUCUCCUUCCCUGAGAGGUAUUUUGCCUGUUCCAAUUCAGCCCUCCACUUUGGGUCCAUCAGCCCCCGAUUGUCUGCAAGAGUGAGUGAGGGAGCGAGAAUGCGAACCAGCAGGUGUGGCUGUAAAUGCAGAACCGCAUGUGUCUGUUUCCUUUCCGAUAUCUAAUGAAUCAGGUUUGUUGGUUUUUUGUUCUGUUUUGUUUUGUUUCCUGCAAACACUGUGUAUAUGUGAGAAUUGCUCUAUUUUGGAGAACAGGCAACCCCUCUAAAAUGAGGAUGAAUCUCUCCCUUUCCGACUCAUUCCUUUUGAAGAUUUUUCUCCCUCCCUCUGGGUCAGAAUCAAUCCUUUGGUGACAGGACAAGCCACGGGGGUUGAGUUUUGGUUGGUCCCGCUGGGUUUGGGUUUUUAGUUGUCCAUCUUCACAGUUCCACACGCUCCCCUCCUCCUGCUGCAGCUGGUGGUACCGUGUCCUUGAAGAUGGACGAGGACCGGUCCUCCUCGUGUGGGGCGAGCCUUGGACCUUGCCUUCCCUUUUCGUCUUUGAGGGUUGAAGAUGUGCUUCAACGCCUCGAGCACCCAGCCCCAGCCCAGCUGGGGUGGGGAGGUCACCUCACAGAAGACUUGCACUUUCCUCAGAACCAACUUGGUGCGGCUCAGCCAGGGCGGGGCAGCCACUGCCUCCCAGGAGCCCAGCCCCAGCCGUGCCUGACCUCUCGGUGCUGCCCUUCCCAAAGUGAUGCCUUACUGGGUUUGUACUAACCGAGUUCAUUCACCUGAGUGUCGUGUCGUGCCUGCCUGGGGUUUUUGUUUGGUUUUGAUUUCCCCAUCAAAGCAAACAGGGCUAUGAAGUCAUGUGUUCGUUAGGAGAACUCAACUCGCUGUGACUUUUCUCAUCUAAAAGACUCAUCUGUGUGGAUGCUUGACCAUGGGAAAAAGAAAAUAAAAAUCAUCCAUUUUUUAGGUUCAUUGUCAGUCUCCAGCUGACAACCUGGCUGGACGGUGCUCUGCUCCUGCAGGAAAAGGCAGGAGUUCCCACCAGUCCACACAGCGUUGCUGGCACACGCCCUGAGAAACCCAGCUUGCCACCUCUUUGGCGCACUGGGAUUUUCUUUGAGUGUAGUGUGUCUUUCAGGUUUUUUUGGUUUGUUUGUUUUAUUGAAGAAAAUCUUUAUCAGGCCUCAGCGAGGGCAUCCUUGUUAAUGAUCAGGGUUUUUAUUCCAUCUUUUGCAUUUCUCUUUCCAAAGGUUUGUUUUUUUUUAGUUUCUUGACCCGAAACUGCUCACAUCACUUGGAAUGACACCAUCUUCUUCCUCUUUGAAAGGACUGUGCCCCACUAACUGGUGAAUAGAAAACCUUUCAACUCUGUGCUUCAGUCCCAGUUAAACUCAGACUCUGUUCUGCUCAGCCUUCGUUAGUCAUCUGGGUGUUAGUGUGUCUUGUUGUUUUUUGUUUGGGGUAAGAUUUUGAAUCCCUAUGUUUAGCCUGUGUCCAGGGGGCCAAACCCUCAGCCUUCCUGUAAACCUGAAGGGUGGCCCUUCUCAGACGAUUUAUCUCCCAGCAAUGACCUUACACUCUCAUACUGUGAAUUUGGGAGGAGGUUAACUUGACCUUCUCGUGGGCAGUUUUCCCAGUCACCCUGUGAGUAGACACCUGCCAAUACUGUUUGAAACAUUUUUGUCUUCAGUGACACCCUCUCUUUUUCUUUUUUCCCCCCUGUCCUAGACUUCCCUCCCACUGGGUCCAGGCUCAAAACCAAGACCUCUGUGCCUGGUGCUGCCUGAUGAGUGAGCAGUGAUUCCACGUAGCAAACCCUUGUGUGAUUCACAACUCAGUGUCCUUCCUAACAUUGUGGGAAGCAGGGUUGUCUAAUAUGCACCGUUCUUAUUUUGGCCAUAUUUUUACAUCAGUGUCACUCACCUUUGACAAAGUGACUUUGUACUCAUUUAGGGCUCUGUCUAAAAUGCUUCCAUUUUGCCUUUUUAUACAGUUAGGCUAAUUUUGAAAUGUAUGAAAUUCUAUGCAACAAUUUAUGUUGAGUUACCAAUGGAAGCCAAAAGUUUUCUUCCCAAACUGCCAAGAAUUAUACAGGCCAUAAAUGAGAUGGGAAUAAACCUUUUAAUUUAAGGUUGGGAAUGGGGUGGGGUGGGACAAGGAACAAGACUUGCCUAGACUCUUGUCUUAUCUUGGGGACAUUUUAAAUUUUAUUGUUUAAUGCUUAAACUUCAAAAUUCUGUGUAUUCAAAUUUGAUUGUGGUGAAAUCUAUUUCAAAAGGAAAAAAUAAUAAUCCAACUUUGUGGAUAUUCAACGGAAGGUUUGCUGUUUUGACCUAAUUGUUUCCAGUGGAGCAGUUUAUGAAAUAUGUUCUAUAAGAUGUACAUUUUUUCAUUGUAACAUAGAAAUUGUAAAUAAUUGAUUAAAGUGCUGCAUUUUGAUGAAUUUUUUCUAGCCAUUUUUAAAGAGAAAACUAGGAAUUGAGUAUUUUGUGUACGGUAUGUUUCCACCCUCCCUUCCCUCCUCCUUCCCCCCUCCCUAUUUAAUUUUCAUUUGUCAUGAGGUUUUUGGAUUUGCCAAUGAUCUGCUGGAGAUCAUGCCCCACGUCAUAGAGAAUAAAGCUGAUGAUUGUACCAGUCUUAAAUUAUUCAUGAUUCAAUAAAAUUGAUGCUUAUUUAUUCA